GAACAGGCCUUAUGAAUACUAGUAUUUUGCGUACGUAUUGACCAAUCUUGGCUGAGAUUGAUGCAGAUCCAUCAAGAUUCAUCCAGAACUUCGUGGAUGGUCGUGGAUCGAUGCCGCGUCCGCGAGUUCCGUGCGUCGUACGGUUGGCCGUAGUGCGUAGUGUCGUGCAUGUUGAAAAAGUUGUAUCAUAGCCGAGCCGAGUCUCAUUUCUGACGCCGAUUCAGACUCAUGUUGAGUGUCAAGUAUAAUCGAGUGUCGAGUCGUGACGUGAGAUAUUAUUCCUGAUCCUGAUUUCUUCUGGUACACAGUAGUCACGCUCGAUCGCAUUUGGUCGCAUUCUCAUCUGGAUCAUCCUUGUCUGGAAAUAUGCAUAAAAUAGGCAAACUGAACUCAUCGAUCGAUAUUAUUCCGCUGCAAGGUUCGAGUGGAGAUUACAGAUCAAAACACAUGGAUAAUAAGCACAGGAUGGAUCAAAGACUUUUUCGAGAUCAAUUGUUGAUCGGUCGCGUGCAAAUGUACAUGCACGAUAAUGAAAAUAAAGUAUAUAUCGAUGUAAAUGAUAUGGCAGACGCAUUGCAAAGGCGAUACAGAGAUUAUCGUGGUAAGAAACGCGGUCCGUUUCGUAGAAUGGUACGCGAAGCUUACGACGAGCUUACUAAGAUUUUUUCAAACAAGCCUUCGACGCGUGAAUGCUCGGUGUAUGACGAUGAUGAUUUUGAGGAUGUCGAUGUUGAGUCAGAUUCACAGCGUGCUUCAAUAAGUGACAUGUUAUUACGUAUGUAUAAAAAACCACAAUAUAAACAGAAUGGAAACUCGAGUGAUAAGGAAUUGAUAGAUAUUAGUAGCGACGAUGAUGUAUCUAAAGAUGACUCCAAGACUGAAAAAGAUAUAAAGACACCUGAACCUGGACACCUGAACAUGGCAGCUGAAGAAUCUUCGGGCUUGAUGGUUACUGUAAAUCCAGAAAUUAUAGGACCAGAAACUGUAGAAUCAGAAACAACUACCUCAAAGCAAGAAACAGCAAAAUCAGAAAUAUCUGCCGUAACACUGGAAGCAUCUGUGAAAUCAAACUUACUUAUGAACCAAGUCGUGAAACAGUCCUUGGAAUCUACAAGAAAACGACAAAGAGAUAAGGAAAGUGGCAAUGGACAAUUUUCAAUCAAGAAAGCGAGAAUUGUACCUAUUAUGAAAUCAAAAAUUUCAUUCUCUGAUGUAGGAGGCAGCGACAAAGUUUUGAAAACUGUCUGUAAAUUAUUGGCUCAUAUAAAACAUCCUGAAAUCUUCAAACAGCUCGGUAUAUCUCCACCAAGAGGAUUUUUACUUCAUGGACCACCUGGAUGUGGAAAAACGUUAUUAGCACAUGCAGUUGCAGGA